AUGGGAGACUCGCUGUCGCAGGUGCCCGAGGGCCUCAUUGGUGGCUAUCAAGGGGGCCUGGCGGUGAAAAUUCUGAUGGUUGUCUUUAGCUCAAUCGCUCUGUAUAACGCCAUCGAGCUCAUCAUUUUAAUUUUCCUCGUCUUCAAUCAUUAUGCAGGGCUGUACUUCUGGGCGAUGCUAUUGUCCAAUGUGCUCGGUGUCAUCCCACAUGCCAUCGGCUUUUUGCUGGAGUUUUUUGCGAAAGGGCCACUUUGGCUCGCGGUCACCCUUGCCACGAUCGGUUUCUACUUCAUGGUUCCCGGUCAAUCGGUCGUCCUCUAUUCUCGACUUCACUUGGUCGUACAGAAUCACAAGGUUCUGCGGCAAGUUCGGUACAUGAUCAUCUUCAACACCAUAGUUUUGCUGAUUCCAACGACCGUCCUCACCUAUUCCACUAUCUAUGUGCGCACCGAACCCAUAAUCCGCGGCUAUAAUGUGAUGGAACGCAUGCAAUUGGCUUGGUUUUGUGCGCAGGAGAUCUUGAUCUCUUGUAUAUAUAUCUGGGAGACGACCAACCUUCUGCGGCUGCGCCCGGACAAAGACCCCGGCCGGCGGAAGAUCAUGUAUGAGCUGAUUACGAUCAACGUCAUCAUCGUACUCCUAGAUGUGGCGCUUCUGGUGUUGGAAUAUGUCGGGUUGUACGCUCUUCAGACCACACUUAAAGCUGCCGUCUACAGUGUCAAGCUGAAGUUGGAAUUCGCCGUGCUGCGAAAGCUUGUCUUACUCGUCAAUACUCGGCCCUCGGACACAAGCUCCACCGACCACGAGGAAUAUCCUAAUUUCGUGAAUCCGGAGCAACUGACGGGUGAUAUCACGCAUGCGGCACCCGUCCGCGCCCGGACUCGCUCUCGGUAUCCGUGGAGCGCCAUCUCAAUGGACAGCUUGGACCGAUCGGAGCGCCGAGAAUAUUCUUCCGAGACUACACGCCCGCCCUAA